GGAGAUAAUGUGUCUUUCCACAAUAUACAUUUUAGUAGCUUUCCUGGCAGAGUGCAAUAACUCGAAGAUCUUCACUUCUAUAUUGAUUGCCUGGUGCAUCAAGGUUUAUACUUUUUUCUUUUUUUUAAAAAAAAAUUCCAUUUUUCUAAAUUCCUUUUUCCACGACGGUCUAGGUUUCAUUUGCUGUCUGUCUCCUUUUUUUUCCAAUUCCCACAUCACAAAUCAAACAACAAUCUCAAAGUAAUCCACGAUGAACAUGGAAAUGGAAAUGGAUGCACCUCUCCUCCGCUCCUCAACUUCAACCUCUACAGACACCAACUCUACGAGUUCCUCCACAAGUACUACUCCUACCCACCGCAGCUUCAAUUUCAGCCGGAGCAGACCCCUCUCCAUAUCAAAUUCGUACACUUCAUCCCACACCCUCUCAUCUCAUACCUUUACACCUCCCCGUUCCAACCCCCCAAGCACCCUCUCACGCACACGAUCUCUCUGCGCGAAAUUCAGCACCGAAGUGCAAUUUAUGAAAAUGAAGUUGUCCACGCGGGGAAAGAAGGAGAAGGGGAAAGGGAAGGGGAGAUGGGUUAGGGUUGAAGGGGAGGGGGAGAGUGAGAGGAGAGUCGAGAUGGUGUGGAGGAGGUUGGAUGGGGGUCAGGGUAUGAUUCCUUAUGGAGGGGUGGGGAGGGAGAGAUUGGAAUGAAUGGCUCUUUUGAGAGGAUUUUGGGAAGAAAGACCAGUGAUGUGAUGUCAUCGGAAUGACGGGAACGAGAAACUAAAUUCCCACGAUCUGAGACGAUCGAAGAUAUAAAGACGCUGUGUGAGAGAAGGGGAAAGGUUGCUGUAAUAGAUUUAGAUUGGACAGCAAUCAGCGAUGGAAGUCCCCCCUUCGGUAAUCAUGGAUUCUCUGAAUGUAUCCGAGGCUCGGAAAUGAUGGACGCAACGAUGUCCAUUAUUACUAGGGAAGAAACGAUGUUAGUAUCAUUGCCGUUAGAUUCUCUGGAGAGAAAUCUGCGGGGCAAGAAUUCCAACAGUAUCCCAAUUGGAUGUAACGGCACAGAGCUGUUUGUGUAGAAGAAGAAGAACCCCAGUAGAAGGAAGGUGGAACUAUUGAGCUAGUCUCGAGGCGCGGUAUGGACGAGAGACGCGGCGAACUCUUUAUUUGCGAUGACGAAGCAUCAGAAGAACAAUUGAAUUCAAAUUUGCUAUA